AUUUCAUAGAAAAACAAUAUAUCAAUUGUUCAAUUGUUGAGGUCAACAAUCAGUCGCAUAUUCGGAAACGAUCCAUCUAGCCGCAAGAAAGAGUAUCUGAACGAUUAAAAAAUAAUAAUUUAUAUCGGAGUUAAGUUUUACGUUGUGAAUCCAAUCUCAUAAAGAGAAUGCAUGUUUUUGAGUUUAGAAAUUUGAGAAAUUUGAGAAAUGUGCCUUACAGAUGCGAAUGGUGCGGAGAGACGUUUAAUACGGAAUCAGCGUUACAAGAGCACAUUAAUAAAGAACACACACGCGAAAAUAACGGUGCUGACACAGGUGGAUCAUUUAAGUAUGAAGAGUAUUCGAUGGACGUGUUCGAUGAUAUGCGUCACAAAUGCCAAUAUUGCGGGUUAACAUUUAAAACGGAAUCAGAGUUACAAGAGCACAUUAACAGAUAUCAUUCAGGCCGAAGUAAUGGUGCUGGUUCAAAAGGAUCAUUUAAAUACGAAAAGUACGGGAGAACAUGCGGAGAACCUUUUAACGUAGAUCAAAGCAUUAUUCUCUCUGAUUCCACUUCCUGCGAAUUGUUUUCAAUAUUUGAACACUUACAAACAUUUCUCGAAAAAACUGAAGAAUUAAAAUCAGAAAAGAAAACUGCAGAAAAAUGCUUCAAAAUUUUGAAAAAAAGUAAAGACGAAAAAGAUAUAAAAGGUCAAGGUCCUAAAAGAAAACAAAACAAUGAAGCAGAACAACAGCAUAAUCCAGCAAGUCAUCAGGAGUUUUCUCCAGCGAGUGCAGAAAAAAACCUUCAAUAGGAAAAUUGAAGAUAUAAGAUUGAGAUUGGAAAAUCUUCAAAAUUAAUUAGAAUUAUUAAAUUUGGCUUUUUUUUCCGAAAUUUACAAAGCGAAAAGCUUUCGAUAUAAUUAUCUCUGGUGCAUAAAAUUUAAUUUAUUUUAAAUGCGAUAAAAACGUUUUCUAAAUUCGAAAUUGUACAUGUUUAUCA